AUGGCGACCACGGAUGGCACCGUUUCCAACAAUCGGGAAGAGCAACCGUCGUUUGAAAUGUCAACGCAGGAGCCUCCCCAGAUAAUCCAUCAGGCAGAGCGAUGGAACCAUCCCCGGUCCAACAUACUCAAAACCUUGGCCACAUACUGGAGCUUCCUGGUAAUGGGCAUGAAUGACGCUGCGUAUGGACUUGAAUCUUACUACAAUUUAUCUUACACGGUUGUGUCGCUUGUAUUCUUCUCACCACUUGGUGGCUAUACUCUGGCUGCUUGUUUGAACAAUAGAAUCCAUGCCAAGCUUGGCCGUCGCGGCGUUGCAUGGUUGGCUCCUGGGUGCCAUCUCAUUGCGUAUACUGUCAACUGUCUGCACCCCCCAUAUCCGGUCUUGGUUGUGUCAUUCAUCUUUGCGGGCUUUGGCAAUGGACUUGGCGAUGCCGCGUGGAAUGCGUGGCUUGGGGAUAUGGCCAAUGCAAAUCAGCUCCUUGGACUACUACACGGUUUUUAUGGUGCUGGCGGAGUAUUAAGCCCUUUAAUAGCCACUUCCUUGAUUACGAAAGCCCAUCUAGAAUGGUAUUACUUCUAUUAUAUCAUGAUUGGCUGCGCGGCGCUCGAAUUUGCCUUCCUUCUCACAGUUUUCUGGGACUCUCCCGGUACACCUGCCGAGGACGCUCGCGCCGAUGAAAGCAAAAGUGGUCUCCGUCAAGUUCUUUUCAAGAAGACGUAUGCGCGGGUAACUUGGCUGUGUGCAUUUUUCCUUCUUGGUUAUGUAGGAAUUGAAGUUGCACUCGGGGGAUGGAUCGUCACAUUCAUGAUGCAAAUCCGCAACGGAGAAGCAUUUGCCAGCGGUAUGACCGCUACCGGAUUUUGGCUAGGAUUAACCGUGGGCCGGGUGGUAUUAGGCUUCGUGACGCCGCGAAUUGGGGAGAAGGUCUCUAUCGUCGUAUACUCCCUCCUCGCAAUUGGACUGGGCCUAAUUCUCUGGCUUGUGCCCAAUUUUUAUGCAUCGGCGGUGGCAGUCUCCCUCCAAGGCUUUUUUCUUGCUACCAAGCUUCUUCCCAAGUCGCAGCAUGUCAGCGCCAUUGGAUUUGCGGCUGCAUUUGGAGGAGGGGGUGCAGCUGUCCUACCCUUUGCAGUCGGCGCUAUUGCACAGGCACGAGGAGUCGAGGUUCUCCAACCUUUCAUCAUUGGCUUGUCCGGUGGUAUUCUCUUGCUGUGGUUAGGGCUGCCGCGGAUGCCAAAGAAGGGAGAAGGGAGCCGUAUUAGUGCUUGA